UGUGUGUUUGUGCUUUGAAGGCCGGUCUGCAGUGUCGAGGAGGAGAGGAGGCGCGGGAGCUGAAGGUCAAAACUGGAGAACAUCAUUAUCAUUGAUGCUCAUAUCAUCACAUAUAAACCAAUCAUCGAUGAUAAACUGAACGGCAUAAUCGUCCGAACGAGGAUUAGGACCGCGGAGUGAGACAGGACACGGAUCCGCUGCUGCAUCCUUUCCUCCCGCCUGUCUCCCUCUCUGAUUCUCCAUCACCAGCCUCCUCUAUCUGUCCGCCAUGGGGAACCGGGGGAUGGAGGAGCUUAUCCCGAUGGUAAACCGGCUGCAGGAUGCCUUCUCAUCCAUCGGCCAGAACGCCAGCCUCGACCUGCCGCAAAUCGCCGUGGUGGGCGGGCAGAGCGCCGGGAAGAGCUCGGUGCUGGAAAACUUCGUGGGCAAAGACUUCCUCCCCCGUGGUUCAGGAAUUGUGACUCGUCGCCCCCUGGUGCUGCAGCUCAUCAACAGUCCCACAGAAUAUGCUGAGUUCCUUCACUGCAAGGGGAAAAAGUUCACUGAUUUUGACGAAGUUCGUCAGGAGAUCGAGGCUGAGACGGAUCGUGUGACUGGACAAAACAAAGGGAUCAGUCCAGUCCCCAUCAACCUCAGGGUCUAUUCACCCAACGUGCUGAACCUGACGCUCGUAGAUCUCCCCGGGAUGACGAAGGUUCCGGUCGGAGACCAGCCGGCUGACAUAGAACAGCAGAUCAAAGACAUGCUCAUGCAGUUCGUCACCAAAGAUAACUGCCUCCUGCUGGCCGUGUCACCUGCCAACUCUGACCUCGCCAACUCUGAUGCUCUGAAGAUCGCCAAAGAGGUCGACCCACAAGGUUUGCGAACCAUUGGUGUGAUCACCAAAUUGGAUCUCAUGGAUGAAGGAACUGAUGCCAGAGAUAUCCUGGAAAACAAACUGCUGCCCCUCCGUAGAGGUUACAUCGGUGUGGUGAACCGCAGUCAGAAAGACAUUGAUGGAAAGAAGGACAUCAAUGCGGCGCUGCAAGCCGAGAGGAAGUUCUUCCUGUCUCACCCGUCGUACCGACACUUGGCCGAUCGCAUGGGCACGGCGUACCUUCAGAAAACCCUCAACCAGCAACUGACCAACCACAUCCGAGACACCUUACCAGCAUUUCGCAGUAAACUUCAGAGCCAGCUGUUGUCUAUUGAGAAGGAGGUGGAGGAGUACAAGAGCUUCAGACCCGACGACCCCAGCCGCAAGACCAAGGCCCUGCUGCAGAUGGUGCAGCAGUUUGCAGUGGAUUUUGAGAAGAGGAUUGAAGGAUCUGGAGAUCAGGUGGACACAUAUGAGCUGUCAGGGGGGGCGAAAAUAAACAGGAUCUUUCACGAACGUUUCCCCUUUGAUCUGGUCAAGUUGGAGAGUGAUGAGAAGACUCUGCGUAAAGAGAUCAGCUACGCCAUCAAGAACAUCCAUGGAAUCCGGACCGGUCUGUUUACGCCCGACAUGGCAUUUGAGACCAUUGUGAAGCGCCAGAUCACUCUGAUCAAAGAGCCGUGUCAGAAAUGUGUGGACAUGGUGAUAAGUGAGCUGGUCAACACGGUCAGGCAAUGUACGCAGAAGCUGGCCCAGUAUCCAAUGCUGCGAGAGGAGAUGGAGCGAAUAGUGACUCACCACAUCAGAGACCGGGAGAGUCGCACCAAAAACCAGGUCAUGCUGCUUAUUGACAUUGAGUUGGCCUACAUGAACACAAACCAUGAAGACUUCAUCGGCUUUGCAAAUGCUCAGCAGAAGAGCAGCCAGAUGAGCAAGAAGAAGGCCGCAGGAAACCAGGAUGAAAUAAUGGUGAUUCGUAAAGGUUGGCUCACCAUCAAUAACAUCGGAAUCAUGAAGGGUGGCGCUAAAGAGUACUGGUUCGUCCUCACAGCAGAGACCCUGUCCUGGUACAAAGAUGACGAGGAGAAGGAGAAGAAGUACAUGCUGCCUGUGGACAAUCUCAAACUGAAGGACAUUGAGAAAAGUUUCAUGUCCAGCAAACAUAUCUUUGCUCUGUUCAACACUGAGCACAGGAAUGUGUACAAGGAUUACCGUCAGCUGGAACUCGCCAGUGAGUCCCAGGAGGAAGUGGACAGCUGGAAGGCCUCAUUCCUGCGGGCUGGAGUGUACCCUGAACGCAGCGUGGACAAAGACAAGGGUGAAGCGGAGGAGUUGAGUGGUGACGGACAGAUCCACAGUCUGGACCCUCAGUUGGAGCGACAGGUGGAGAUUGUGAGGAACCUGGUGGAUUCAUACUUGGCCAUCAUCCACCGCACAGUCAGAGAUCUAAUCCCCAAGACCAUAAUGCACCUGAUGGUCAACAAUACCAAGGAGUUCAUUCACGCUGAUCUCCUGGCUCAACUUUACUCCUGCGGCGACCAAAACACCCUGAUGGAGGAGUCUCAGGAGCAGGCUCAGCACCGCGAUGAGAUGUUGAAGAUGUACCACGCACUGCGUGAAGGCCUCAGCAUCAUCAGUGACAUCAGCACCACCACCAUCACCACAGCCAUGCCACCACCGGUCGACGACUCCUGGCUGCAGGUGACGGGGAUACCAUCAGGACGCAGGUCUCCCAUGUCCAGCCCCACCCCUCAACGCCGGGCCCCUCCUGGACCUCCACGCCCUGGUGGUCGUGCAGCCCCUGGACCACCAGCCCGUCCUGCGGUGUCCCCCGACCCUGGACCCCCACCUUCUGUUCCCUCCCGGCCCAACAGAGCACCCCCACCUGGAGUGCCAAGAAUCUCUAUCAGUGACCAGUGAGGAAUUCACCAAUGUCGGAGGGCACCUGCAUCUCCAUUACGAUCUUCCAGACCAGCCUCAGAAUCCUCUCUCUGAAUCCUCCCUCUGACACACACACACAGACACUUUAUGAAAAGAUAUUUCUGCUAACAUUAACACAUGCUAUAAGCACAGAAUCCACAACCAUUUAUAUUUUUUACUAGCCUUAACCCCCUCAUUCAAAUAGCUCCAUAUCGUAACUUUGUAACUGUCCAUUUACGUCAGUUAAUCCCGCUCAAGUGGAAGCAGUCAGCUAGCUCAAAGUCACCCAACACCAAACACCUGUGUGAGGGGAGUUCAUAGACAAACACUUCGAACAGAGCAGGGUGGUAACUGGGCAGAUUUAAAACAGACACCAUUUUUAAUGGUUCUGAUUGGUCCCUAAACCCUAUUUUGACCUGGCUGUUGUUAGUUCAGAUCCCCACAAUGAGCGUCCUCUUUUCUUGAUUGAGUUGUAUUUUUCAACAAGUCUGCUAAGAAGAAGCAGUGUAUUCAUUUAUUGGAUCCAUCCCUGCCUUGCUUAAGGUUGUUGGUUUAAUUCCACAUUGUCCAAAGCCCCAUGUUGGGCUACAGGAAGGGAAAAAAACAAAUAACUAACAUUGUUGAAUAAUAUUGUAAUAACCUUUGUUGAGUUUAUUUAAUUGAUUUAAUGAAGGUGAUACUUAAAACCUCAAGCUCUAUUGCUGUAAUGUGAUUGGUUAAUGUAGUUAGCAGAAAAACACCAUAGUAGGACAAGAAAUGACUUGACUUGAAAGCUUGAGAUCCAACCCAAAGUUCCAAUGAACAGCUGUUUGGUCUGGCCCAGAGUGUUUAAGGGAAGUGUUUAACGGAAGAGAAAUGCACCAGCAGGUGAAAGAAUUUUGCGUUUGGUUCUUUCAAAAUAAAAUGCUCAGUCUUACUUUGAAACGGAAGCAUUCAUAUCACCAUAUACAGGUGAAGGAUUUGUUUUUGAUGUUAUUUCCAAAGGAAUUUUCAUGCUGGGGUGGUGCUGAAUGCAGUAUUACACAAUCCAUCUGGUUUCCACUGCUUUUGGCUGGUUUAAUCCAAUUCCAAUUGGUUUGUACGAGCUGGGUUUUUUUAAAAAUGUAUUAUCAUUAUUGUUACAAUGUGCACUUUUUU